AUGGCUGAAAAGGAGGACCCCACUUUUUGCGAUCCUCUUAGCGAUUGUCCAGCUGAAUUUGAUAUCAUCCGAUUUAUUGGAGAAAACGACUUUCUUGGGGACAACUUUGCUGACCAGGGCCAGUUUCCUUCACAGCGGAAUCAGAGUCGGAACGCGGCCGGCAUGUUCGAUGGGAGGAUGGAACUGGUAUACCAGAAUCCAGCACGAUUACCGUAUAGUCCACCAAUCACAGAUGUAAGCGCCGCUGGCUCUUCAGGCUCACCUAGUUCCAAUUCAGAUUCUCCGUUUUCUCCAGAAGCCUAUCAGAAUUAUCCAAAUAGACAAGGUAUGAGAAUUACAGUAAAUCACCCGGAUAAUAAUGGUUUAAUACUUGGGAUAAACUCGAGUCUGACCUCUCAAAUGGUAAACCGAAAUGACAUGAACGGUCAAAAACAAAGAAAUCAAAAUGGUCGAUUGAUGCAACAACAGACAAUGUUAGCUAGUGAAAACGACUUUAGGAACAAUGCUUAUACCUCACAAGCUCUGCAAACAGCUCCUCUACCACAGAUUCCUCUUUCUCCUGCUGCUCUGCGUAGCAGUACUAAUGAAUUCAUGUUCCAAAACAAUGGUUAUCAAGGAAAUACGUAUGGGGGCGUAAUAAACCCAGUCCCAAAUGAUGGAACUCUGGAAGGCCAACGGGGACGAAAACGAAUUAGGGUUAACAGUGAUGUGCCAAUGGUCAAAGACGAACCACAAAAGAUAUUUUCGUUACCUUCGCAGCUGUCAGUAAUGCCUUCGCCAGUAGCUGGCGAUGAGUUUGAAGAUGGUUUCCAUCAAAGAGCUAUAAGGUUCACUCACUACAUGGAAGAUCGCUGGGCUACAGUUUACGACUGCAAUCAGCAACUUGUUCCGCAACUUGAAAUGCAUGUUGUGGCUGAUAAAGGGUUCAAUUACAGUAAUACCGAAAAUUGUUUUGUUAACCAAAAGAAGAAUCAUUUUCAGAUAACUGCUCACAUUGAACCUAUAGAAGUACAUGCACCUUGGUUUGUUAAAACAGGAGAUCGCCUUUUACCGAUUCGUGAAUUCAAUUUGAUUCUUCGAGGAGUGAAAAGUGAGAUGCCUACAUCAGAAAUUGAUAUUAAGCAGUCUACAACGGAUAGGAAACCAGCAAAACUUGAACCUGUUGUAAUCACUUUUCAAGAUCGAAGACCGACAAAAGCUACCGUAUCUCGGCUUCACUUUGAAAAAACUACAAUGAACAAUCAGCGAAAAAAUGGUCGAUCAAACCCUGAUCAGAAAUAUUUUUUGCUGAUUGUGAAGCUUGUAGCUCGUACCGACGCAUGUGAAGAAGUUAUUGUUCAAGCGUUCCAGUCAGAAAAAGUCAUCGUCAGGGCCUCGAAUCCGGGGCAGUUUGAGUCUCCAGAUACCGAAGGAACAUGGCAAAAAAAUGGGUCCACGCUCUACUACAACAAUGGAUAUGUUGCUAUUGGAUUAGAUAAGGCGUUGGGCCCAGGACCACUGUCAGUUGGAGGCGACAUUUAUUACGCUGGGGUUUUACAUCGCCCAUCUGACCGUCGAGUAAAGGAGGACAUUCACGAAAUUGACACCAAAAGUGCACUUUCGAGACUGGAGAAAAUUCGUGUCGUUGAGUAUGCUUAUAAGCCAGAAAUAGCUAGUGAAUGGGGACUCACAGAAGAGAAUAGGCAUCGUGUCGGCGUUAUAGCUCAGGAAUUGGCUAACAUAUUGCCUGACGCAGUAACUGAUAAUGGCGAUUAUCUUCAGGUUGAUGACUCAAGGAUUUUUUAUGAAACAGUUGCUGCGGCUACAGAGUUGAGUAAGCUUACGGGUUCAUUAGAAAACAAGCUUACUGCUGUUGAAAAGUUGUCUCAUAAGCUAGCUAGACUGCACAAGCAACGGUACAAAGAUGCUGGAAGCAUUGCCAGUGGUCUCACUGAAUUUGGGAUUUCGGAUAAAAGUGAUACUGUGUCACGGCUCUCUAUCGGAUCCAGUACUCCAUCUUGUGUUUCACGUAAUAGCACAAUAAAACGGUGCGUGUCUGUGUGUUUAGUGGAUACGCUCGAAUUAAAUGAAAAAAUCCUAAUUGUUCUUUUAUUACAAGAAAUUUUUAGUGAACGUUUAAAACCGGAAAAAACGAAACAUUAUCACUGCCGUAAUCCAUCGUGCCACCGAUCCGAACCACCAAUGUGUAGCGCCAAGGUCACUCAGCUAACAACAAUAAUCCUCGUAGUCGUCAUGACAAUUUGUCUAAUAGCAAUGUCAACAUUAUAUGUUCUUGACUGGCACAGACGAACGCUUGGGUCACAUCGAUAUCCUUCAAAUUUAUUGUUCACAACACCAGUUCCAAACUCGGAAAAUGGUUCAUCAACUGCUGCUGACGAGGGCUGGAUGGGAAAUGUUAUAGGGAAUAAAGCUUUUGAACCACCAAGAUAUGAAAAUGGGCCACCGUUAACGGCUUGCUGUGGUCAUCAGCACUGUCGAACUUAUUGUUGUUCAAAUAUUGAGAAGGCCGAUGCAGAGGUUGGUGAUUUGAAAGUUAAUGGUUCCACGCUUCAAACGUCUUUAAACGCUCAGCGUUCGCUUUUGCUUCCGAAUCGCAGUUACCGACAAAGCUCUUUAAUGUCACAAUUUCCACUGGCAUCUGGUGUUAAUAUAGAAGUUUUGACGUUAAAUGUAACAAUAGAUGAGCGUUAUUGUUCCAAAACAAGUUGCAACCCGAGACUUGGGAUCUAUACAUUAUUUGUUCCAAUUUCACCCUAUCUUCCUACAAUACCAUUGGAAGUUAAAAUUGAUGUUGCUGAUAGAGGAAGUCACAUUGGAAAUUGUGGUGCAAGAUUUCCACGACUCUGCAGUUUCAAUGAUAGCUUUUUGUUAUCGGAGAUAACUGAGGAGCCAGUUUCCAGAAAGUUAUCGGAAGAAGUAUUUGAACUACCCGUUGGUAACUAUAUAUACGUAAUGUAUCGUUUUCGUAUCGGCUUUACCACAGAAUCCUGUAAUAUGAAUGAUGCACAAAGAGGACGAAGUUUUGAUGAGUAUAAUUUGGUGUUCUACAGGCUUUGUGUGGAAUCAUAUGAAUCUAGUUCAGCAUGA